GGGAAGGGGGGAGGAGAAGAGCCAGCCAUGUCGCCGCAGCCUCGCGCCUGCUUCUUUUUCUCGGUAGAUUCGCGGCUCGCGGGCACGGGGAGUCGACGAUGCGCGCACUAAAAGCCGCCAACUGCCGGGAAUCGCUCGAGCACCAGCAGCAGCGGCGGCGGCGGCGGCAGCAGCAGGACUCCUCGGCGGUGCGGGGGAAGACGCAGGGCAGCAGCAGCGGACCAACACGUCGAUGACCAUAGCGGCGGCGGAAGAGCCCCCACGGUGGAGUCGGCCCGUGCUGCUGCUGCUGCUGCUGCCGCCGUGCGUGGUGCCGCGCGUGCCCGAAAUAUGACCAGCGGCGCUCGCAAGGCUCGACAUCGGCAGCGAGACGACGGCUCCAAAACGUGGACGUGCUGUUGGUGCUGGUGGUGGUGGUGCUGGUGGUGGUGGUGCGCGCGCGGCCAGAGCUCCGACCACAACGAAGACGACACACCGCCGCUUUUCACCGACUGCGAGAGGGCCCAGCGAUGGCGCCGGUCACUCGCCUCCCUCCUCUUCCUCACCGCGCUGCUCUCUGAUCGCCUGGGGCCGGGCGCCGAGGCCAGGCUGACCGGGAGCCUGGACAAGGUGAUGUCCGCGAACCUGGGGACGGGGACGGGUGCGGGGACGGGCCGCGAGCCCGGCAUCCUCAGGAGUAACGAAGGUACUACUUUUGUAGGGAACUCCUCCGGCGCGAGCGCGCGGGGUCCGGAGAAGAAGACGUGCGCGGCCAAGAACUGCCUCACUUUCGUCGACGCCGACCACCUGUGCAGGGGCCUUUGGGGCGCGAGCGAGUGGAACGCGAGCGCGGCCGACUUGUACCUGUCCUUCUGCGACUCGUACUCCCUCAUGGAUCUGCUGGACGGCUCGUCGAGCCCGGACCGCUUGAACUGCAGCGUGGACGCCAUGCGCGCCGGCGGCGUGGGCCGCUGCAGCCUGUGCGUGCAGGCGUACCAGCGCUACGACCUGCACGCGCAGGAGAAAUACGAGGAGUUUGAGCUCAUGACGGACCGAUACGUGACGGAUGCCUACUCAGUAAGGACGUGCAUGGAAGAGUGCAAGAUGGUAUACAAACCUUGGCUCUGCGCUCAGUACUUCCAGAGCAAUCAGUCCAGCUGUAGCCGCAAGGUUCCUUGUGAACAGUACUGUCUGGAGGUCCAGCAGAGAUGUCCCUUCAUAUUGCCUGACAAUGAUGAUCUUAUACAUGGCGGCACUCCCAGUUUUAUAUGUACAGGGCUUUCAGAGACGGCGAGCGCGGAGCAGGAGCCACAGUGCUGCGAUGUGCGGUGGGAGCUUAACGCUAGCAACCGCUCGCGGGACACUUUCAAAAGGACUCACCCCUCGUGCCAGCACAGCUCCUCCGUCACCACCGCCGCCGCCUCUGCCUCCUCGGGAGCGCCGCGGCUGGGCCAGGGCAGGCUCAAGCUCUGCCUGCUGGUCCUGGUCCUCCUCCACACGGUGGCCACCAUGACGGCCAGCCAGAACUCCACCUGCCUGGCAGGGAUCUUCCCGCUGGAAGACAACAACGCCCCCAGGGAGGAGUGAUUCGGACAAUGGUGGUUGGGACGGCUAGCGCUAGCGAUUUAGCAUGCUCCAAAACCAUCUCGCGCCAAAAAAGGGCGCCCCUCCGCCAGCGAGGGGCAAGCGGGGUCAAACUUGGUCGAAGCCCUAGAGCGCGCCAGCCAGCGGCGGUCUCGCCUGGCCAACCCUCAGCUGCGCUUUAUAUGUUCAGUGCUCUUUAGGCCCCAGCUAGUAGAAGAACAACAGGAUUGAAGAGGUACACAAGAGGAGAAGAGGAGGAGGAUGGUUCCAGGUGAAGGUCCAGGCCACGUCCUAACCAAGACGUCAGCUCUCACACGUUCUGAAAACCAUACACCCACUCACACACACACCCACCCACUCACACACACACACACCCACUCACACACACACAGACACACACCCACAGACACACACCCACUCACACACCCACAGACACAUAUACGCGUGUUUUCUUUCUCUUUGCACUAGGAGAUGAUCUGACUUUUUCAUUUCAAGCUUCAGCUGACAAAGAUGUUUUUUCCUCUGCUCACUUCACUUGCUUCAGAUCAAAAUGGAAAUGUACACGGGAGGAGGGAGGGUGAACGGGGAGAGCAGAAGUUAUGUGUGUCCAUGUCUCAGUCAAGGUUUUUCUGUUUGUGCCCCGUUCUUUUCUAUAUUUCGAGAGCUAGCAUGAAUAGCUUCUCUACUCACUGCUACUGUAGCUGCAAAGAUGUGAAUGGUUGACUGGUCAUGGGCCCAAUUAUCUUCAGUACUUGUUACCUCCUUUCUUGCUUUCUCAGAUUUAGACAGCAUCUGGAAGACCUGAGGGUUUUUUUCUGGAAGCUCUGUCUUUGCCUUCUGGCAAAAAAAAAUCUCUCAACGAUGUAGACAAGGCUAUAUGUCAAUGGAGCCUCAAAAACAGAGCCCAGUAGCAUGUGCUAUUGGUAAGAUAUAGUCAAUCAAAAAAGAGGGCCUCAAACUAAAAAUCAUAUUACCUGCACCACCAUUUGUCAUUUUAUUCUUUUUAGUAGGCCUAACGCUCAGCUUCUCUAUAGCCUCAGAUUUUGUAGUGCUGCUUUGCAGCCUCCAUUAUAUCUCUGUUGUCCUCUCAUGACAUCAAAACAGAAAGGUGAACGUACUAGUGGUGGACUGCUGACAUCUACUGGCAGGACUGACAUGCUUGCAUUGUACAAUGGGGAAUGCGUACACUGAAAUUGGUGAUUUUUAGUUGAAGCACCCGCUAAAUGGUAGCUGAAGGUCUUGGUAGAAACCUCAAAAUUCUCUUCCUUUUGACAAUUAUAACCACUCUUUGCAUGAAUAAGCUUAAGAAGCUCUGCUUUCAUGCUCGGUUCUCAUCAGACAGGCGUUUUAUUGAGAUUUUAAUUAGCCCUGUAUUUUGACAAGCCAGCUUGCUGUUACAGUAGAGUGGAAUUUUAACACCACCAGGCUGCAAUAACAUGAUUUCAGUGCCUGGACUAUUCAAAUUGCAUAAAAAAAAAUUGUAUGGCAGCCAUUCUGUCAAAACAUAAGGCAAGCGAUUGUACUUUUUUUGUUCGGAAUGUGCUUGUUAUACCACCUACAUCAGUUUGGAAAUGAAUAUUCACACACUUUGGGUAGCACAAAGAGGAUCUAUUGGAAACGACACCAUGUUUUGACAACUUCCUCAAUGGCUGUUCUUACCGCUUCUCUUUAGCAUUCAGCAUGGUAGCUUACAGCUGACGAAACUAACUGACGAAAAUCAUAAUUACGCUGUAAUUUUGCCAUCCUUUUGUCCUCAAAACAUCCCGAAUCAUCGUGUAAAGGGCUCAGCAGACAGCGCGCGAGGGAAGGAGUUCUCAAGGGCUCAUACUAUACUUCUCCUUCUGUGUGCAGGACCGUCAUCUUUGGUGUCCGACUGCAUGGGCCGCUAGCUGCUGAUGUGCUGUUUUGCAGUCUGUUUUUACCUGGUGUUUCAUCAUGGGCCACAUAGUUCCAGAAGGUUUAUUUUCAGGCUCAACAUGUGCUGUACCUUCCCCAGGUCUAUGUAACCAAAUUUGGCUAGAGAACUCUGUGUGCGCGUCUUAUCUUGCGUAGCUAUGUCUCUUACCGAGACUGCAGCAUCCUUCAAUCUGGAAGCCCCCCAAAACACCUGUCAUUCAUUUCAUCCAGUGUUAUCUCUUCGAAGAGAAAAACAAAAAAGUGUAUAAUCUGAGAAAUGGCAGCAGUAACAGUUGAUUCGGCUAUGAAUGUAAUAGAGGUAAGACUAGUAAUGUAUUGUAGCUUUGUGAUGGGUUUGAUAAACGAACAUCAGGAUAUGCUUUAACCCGUAGUCUUGUGUGUUCCAUUCACAAAAUUAUGCUGUUUAAAGCAGCUGGCCAAUGUCUUACAGUUCGAAGGUGACAAUCAUUCUUUAUUUCAAUUUUCAGCCGUAUUUACAACCCCCCCUGAAAAUAAAAAAAGGAUUGGGACACUUUAAUAACUUAAGUUGUUUUAUUUACAGAAUAUUUAGCAAAAUUAUAUCUAUUUCAGAGAAAAACACAAACUACGUUCACUGUGUGGAGAAACCUCCAACCAGACUGCACUGAGGGACCUGUAAAGCGCAGAGAUUGAAACACCAAAUUCUUGGACUGUUUUUCUUACAGUAAUGUUCGCUUGUUCUCAUUGAUGGGAUCAUGAACUCAGAAGGCAUUUUACAUGAAAAGAACCUGCUUAAAGGAUAACAAUCUGAAACUCACCAGCCGCCUUUUAAUAGAACAGUUCAGCAAAAACAAAUAUUACUUUUUGGAAUUACAAUUGGAAUUGUCCUUGUUUUAAAACAAAUGCCACUUGGUUUAGCAUUUUGAUUACUAACACAAUGAGCUUAGUAAAUUUUUCAAAUGCCCAAAUAUUUUGGGUGGUCACGGUAUAUGGAGGACGCCCCAUUUAUUUGUUAGAUCACAUAUAUAAUUAUUUAGACAAAUGCAAUCAAUUAUAGUCAUAUAUGUAAUGUGCAUAAUGAUAUAUUUUAUUUGUAUAUUAUCAUAUUUUAUUCUCUUUUAUUUUUGUUUACUAAAAUAAUGUUGCAAAGGAUAUUUAUCAUUGAUUAAGUACACGCCAUGUUUUUUCAGUUUGGAAUAUCCAACACUGGAGAGACAGUCCUGAAAGCUGAUAGCUCCCACUCCACCACAGUAAGACCCCUCAGCCAGCUUUAUUUUUGUUCUGCUCCUGCUCGAAACACUCACGCCAAGCAAUUAUGUGUUGCCUUGAGUGUGCAAAUUGAAAUAGAACAAACAUUGGACUUGCUGGAGGUCCUUGAGAACUGGACUGAUAACCAGUGCUGUAACAUUCGGUAAUAAACAAAAUAUUUUACCCAGACAGCCUAAAUUACGCCAACACUUUUUAGCCUUUCCAUGUCAACAACAGCAGUACAAUGGACCACACUGCACUCUUAGUUGCCAUAGAAGAGUCCUUCAUAGAAGAACCCUAAAGAACCUUUCAGUCUGGGGGUUUCUCAGUUGAACCAUUCGGUUGAAAGGUCCUUCAGGGAGCCAAAACUGAUUCUUCCAUGGUUUCACUCUGAAGAACCCUUUCUGGCAUCUUUACUUUCAAGAGUUUAUGCUGCACAUGUUGCCACUAGUUUUCUUGAAUCUGUCAGACGAUGUAUUUUCCAAACAGGUGAGCUGCUAAAAAUUCUCUAUGCUCCUCUACCUGCUUACAUUCUAAAAAUAGGCCUGGUUCCUGCCUAUGCCUGGAUAUUGCCUCAGCCGCGGUUGCCCGUCUCAGCGUUUUCCACAACACCCCAUGUCAGAUGCCCUACGGUUCCAUCUUCAUCAUUCUCAUCUCCUGUUUGAACCGCUGAUCUUCUAAAAUCCUGUUGAUCUAUGCAGAUGUGCCUAUGUCAUUCUAUUGUAGAUUUGUGGUAAUGAAGUCUCACUGUUGCCUGUCUUACUUUGAGAUUUUGGUGUAUUUUCUCCCUCCAAUCCCUCAAUUUUUUGCUCUGUUACCCAUUUGUUUUUGUCCCAUGUAAGAUGUUUUGGCUGCAUUUUGUUCAACACGUGUCUAAAAGAAGUGUGAGCUGCUUAAAGUGAAUGUUCUCCUCUUCUGGGAUGGGCAAAAAUCGUGGUUCCUCUGAGUUCUAAACACUGACAAGGAGAUGGACAGACAUACAUAGAUAUUACAAUUAUUAUUACAGUGUCAUAUUGUCAUACAAUAGAUGCUUUAGUUCGCUGAUUCUCUUUUGAUUUUUUUUACACAAAGACUUUGAUUAAAUAUUUAUAAAUUGGUCUCACAGGUCAUGACCUUUUUUGAAAGUAAGAUGAAAAUACAGCUACAUUUAUGAAAGUUCUGUUCUAAGGAGAAAUAAAUAGA